AUAGGAUAUAGGUUCCUCUACCUCCCCUUUGUUUUUCUUGUCAAAUAGGGCAAAGAAGAAGAAGAGAAAACCCUUCUUCGGUUUCCCCCUAAACAAAAUCCCAAAAUUCCUAUCUUUUUUUCUUUUUUUUUUUGUAUCUGAAAAACCAAAAAAUCUUUUUGCAACCCAUCUCGUCGCCUCAUUCAAACUAUUCCAAACGAUCCAGCAAUAAAAGCUCAAAUAAUAAAUAAACCACUUGAUCAUCAUAUCCACUAGGUCUUGUCUGUCUGAAUUGGUAAAACAAGAAAGACAAGAAAGAAGAGAAGGCUCAUGUAAUGGGUGCUUGUUGUUCAAUCCCUUCCAAAACAGGUCUCCACAGUCAUGCGACAACGAACGGGCACAGCAGUGGAACAGAGUUCUCAUCGAUGACGACCACAACCGCCGCGACGACAAGCGGCAGCGUCGGACGACGGAGCCAAUUCUUCGAAGCGGCGAGCGAGUGUUCCAAUGGGAUUAUAAGUGAUUCCGGUCUGAUCCUGGAAUCGCCGAAUCUCAAAGUGUACACCUUUCUUGAUCUAAAGACGGCGACGAAGAAUUUUAAACCGGAUUCAAUGUUGGGUCAAGGAGGAUUCGGCAAAGUUUACAGAGGAUGGGUCGAUGCCAAGACUCUUUCUCCUUCUAAAGCUGGUUCCGGUAUAAUCGUAGCCAUCAAGAGAUUGAAUUCUGAGAGUGUUCAAGGAUUUGCAGAGUGGCGAUCAGAAGUGAACUUCUUGGGAAUGCUUUCACACCCAAAUCUGGUGAAGUUAUUAGGAUAUUGUCGUGAAGACAAAGAGCUUCUCCUUGUCUACGAGUUCAUGCCUAGAGGAAGUCUCGAAAAUCAUCUUUUCCGACGAAACGAGCCUUUUCCUUGGGAAUUAAGGAUCAAGAUUGCUAUCGGUGCAGCUCGUGGCCUUGCGUUUCUACACGGCUUGCAAAGAGAAGUCAUCUACAGAGACUUCAAAGCUUCCAAUAUACUUCUCGAUUCGACCUAUGACGCAAAGAUUUCAGAUUUCGGACUAGCAAAGCUAGGACCAGCAGACGAGAAGUCACACGUUACUACUAGGGUCAUGGGCACUUAUGGUUAUGCUGCUCCUGAAUACAUGGCAACAGGCCAUUUAUACGUUAAGAGUGAUGUAUACGCCUUUGGUGUGGUUUUACUAGAAGUAAUGACCGGACUAAAAGCGCACAACACAAAAAGGCCAAGGGGGCAAGAAAGUUUAGUCGACUGGUUACGACCGGAACUCUCAAGCAAACACAGAGUAAAACAAAUUAUGGACAAAGGAAUUAAAGGUCAAUAUACUACUAAGGUUGCGACAGAAAUGGCACGCAUCACACUUUCUUGUAUCGAACCAGAUCCUAAAAACCGACCGCACAUGAAGGAUGUAGUUGAAGUUCUCGAAAACAUUCGAAAACUUAAUGUUGUCCCUGACCGCUCUGCCACUAAACAGACCGUUUCUACCUCUUCGCGUGCUUCACCACUUCACCAUCAAUACGGUUACAGAGCUGGCGCAUUAGGGGUUGAACGGAAGAGAGCAGCAGCCGGACGGCUUAGAGUAGAAAAUGAAAUUGUUGCCUGAUGCUAUAUUUUCCGACCGCCGCUAUACGUUGGUAAUUUUUUUUUUGGUUUAAUUAUAUUAUUAAAUCAAUUUUUACAGUGUUUUGCGUAUUAUGUAAUUUCUUUUGGGUGGGUUUCCUUCUACUUUCAAUUUAUCCAUUCCCUUUUUUUUUGUCUUGCACGGAUAGUGAGUGGUGAUUAUACAUUUGCACGAAAAUUAGGAUAUGAAUUAUCAACACCACAUUGGUUGGUAUAAAUAAGUAAUUAUAACGACCUUUUUUCCUUCC